AUGGUACGGCGAGAAACCCGAUCUCUCGUGAUCAGAUCCAGGGGGAAGUGCUUGAUUCCACCCAAGAAAAAGAAGAAGCUCACGGAGCCAAGAACAAGGCCAUGCAUCCUGCUAGGCUACGAAGGAAACACCAACUACCACAUCUUGCUCGAGGACAGAAGAAUCAUUGAGGCUUCAAAUGCUGAAUUCAACGGAAAUUCUUACAAACCCCUUCAUGCAAUGCACCCCGACGUCAUACUACCAACUUCCAGGUCUUUGAAAUAUGCAGAGCAAAAUGCUAGUUUUCAAAACCAAUUCACUAUCCCUGACUCAGCAUACCUUGCGGCACAGCACUCAAGAUAA